AUGGCGUCUGAACGACCACUGUCCACACCCUUGAACCAGAUCCUUCCGCCCCUCAUCCUUGGGGGCGCGGGGUUCAGCUACCAGCACACUUCGACUCCGAGCGUCGAGCAAACGCGAGAGGUGGUCAGUCUUGCUUUCCAGCUGGGAGUCCGCGCAAUCGAUACCUCGCCCUACUAUGAGCCGUCUGAGGAGCUGCUCGGCGAAGCGUUAUCGCACCCACAAUUCACAAGCAAGUACGACCGCAACGACUAUAUCCUUAUGACCAAGGUCGGCCGAGUCAGCGCCACAAAGUCAGACUUCUCGCCGGAGUGGGUGCGGUUCUCUGUCGCGCGGUCUUUGCAGCGGCUGAGGACGGAUUACCUGGAUGUGGUAUUCUGCCAUGAUAUCGAGCUGGUGGAAGAGGAGAAUGUCCUGGAGGCGAUUGCCGUACUGAAUGAGAUGGUCGAGGCGGGCACGAUCCGAUAUAUCGGGAUUUCAGGAUACCCGAUCGAUACGUUGGCUAGGGUUGCUCGCCGCUCACGAGAAAUGUACGGGCGGCCGCUGGACGUCAUCCAGAACUGGGCGCAGCUCACGCUUCAGAAUGACCGGUUAGAGCGGGAAGGGCUGCAGGUGUUCCGUGAGGCUGGGGUAUCGUGCGUAUGCAGCUCCAGUCCGCUUGCCAGUGGGCUACUCCGUGGUGAAGGCGUUCCGAUCGCUGCUUUGGGGGACUGGCAUCCGGCGCCGGAAGGGCUCCGCAGGGCUGCUCAUGCGGCUGCGGUGUAUGUCGCGUCCCAAGGGGAGAUACUAGCACGACUGGCAUUGCGCUAUGCACUGUGGCGGGCGAAGGUUUGCUCAACGGGGAAUGUUCGAGUGGGUACGAUCAUGGGAGGGACAUCGGUGGCCGAGAUCGAAGAGAAUAUCACAACGGCGGUGGGGGUAUUGGGUCGCGAUGGAGAAACCUUAGGUUGGAAUGGAGCUGGAAGAGAGGUGGAAUCGUCAAAUGACAGUGCUGAUGUACAGGACCUGGAAUUGUUCAGAGCUGUGCAGGAAAUUCUGGGCCAGUGGAGGAACUACAGCUUCUCUGGGGAGAACCCAGCGACUGAAGGCGAUGUAGUACAGACGAAGCUAUAG